AUGAAACCCCAGCUGGUCAAAGGUUUUUUUGUGUUGCCUCAUUCAUUCGUGUUGUUGUUUGCACUUUGUGUCAGCUGGCUUCAAGAUCCACAAGGAAAUCUGUUUCAAUGCUGCAGGAUCUCUGUUACAAUCAGUGAAACAUGGGUAAAGAGUUUGGUCUGGCUCUUUUUCUGCUGCUUCUCUGCCAAAGAGGAAACACACAGCUUCAGUCUUGUCCAUACAGAUGCCAGUGCUUCACUCCCGUCCAAGUUCUGUGUGCUGAAACAUGGAUCUCAUCUCUACCCAGAAACCUAUCUAGGCAGGUCACUGACUUUAUUCUCAUGACAUCAAGCGUAAGCUACCUAAUCCCCAAUGCUUUUGAGAACAGCCCCCAGCUCACCAAACUUAUCCUGAUGAAUAAUGUCCUGAGAAGUAUUCACUCUGAGGCUUUCUCACAGCUGACACAGCUGCAGGAGUUGGAGAUCAGUGGAAACCAUCUGCUGGAACAUUUAUUUCUGGGGACUUUUUCAAACCAAGGGAACUUGAUCAAACUGUUUCUUAACUACAACCAGUUUAAGAUGAUGCUUCCUGGCAUAUUUGACCCUCUUAAGCAGCUUGAAACUCUGCAAAUGAAAGGAAACAACCUAUCAGAUCUGCCUGAAUUUCUUUUCCUGAAGCUCAACAAUCUGCGUGUCCUGGAUCUGUCACUAAAUAAGCUAACAGAAGUAAAAUGGGAAUCCCUUGCUGGUCUUGGAAAGCUGGAGACCCUGAAAACAAACUACAACCUCAUCAGCAAUCUAACAUCCAACAUAUUUAACAAUUUUUCCCAGCUGGUAGAACUUCACAUGGAAGGGAAUAAAAUAUCAGAGCUGGCUGAUGGUAUCUUCUUUGCUUUGACUAAACUAGAGGUGUUGAACCUUCGAGGAAACCUUCUCACUAGCUUCAGUGACAACGUUUUUGGCUUCAAGGCAUCAAACUUGAAAGAGCUGAACCUUAAGGGCAACAGACUGGCUCAAGUGUCCUCUCUGAGCAGUUUUACAUCACUCACUGACCUUAUCUUGUCCUCUAACCAGCUCUCCAACCUUCCUGAGGACAUUUUCAAUAACACCACAAUGCUGGAGAAUCUGGACCUGUCUGAAAACCACCUCAGCUCGCUGCCUGGAACAAUCUUCCAAGAACUAUUUUCAAUCAAGACAAUUCACCUGAACAAGAACAACCUAAGCAGAUUGGAGGCAAACCUUUUCGAGAGCCAGCUGUUUAUGCAGCAGCUCUACCUGUCCGACAACAGACUUGAAACUGUCCCACCGGGCCUGUUAGACCCUUUUGUCAUGCAGUGCACCGUAAGACUGCAUGGAAACCCCUGGAAAUGUGACUGCCACAUGUUUUAUCUGCAUGACUGGGUGCUGAAGAACGCCUUGGACAUAGAGAUGCUGGACCGGGUCCUCUGUGACAGUCCCAAUUUUCUGCAAAGACAGACAGUUGCCUCUAUCAACGAGGACCAGCUGGUGUGUCAGGUGUCCAAAGAAGGGGUGCCUGAUCUCAGAGGCUGCAGCCUACAGGCUUCUAAUGACAGUGUGACCAUCAAAUGUAGGGUGAAUAAAUCCUCUCCAAUGACGGUGAAAGUUCAGUUUGAGGAGGAUGACGGCAGAUUAACAGAACAUGUCUUAACAAAUAAGUCUGGACCCUUGAAAUGUGACAAUGAGACAGUAACUGAGAGUCUACUUGAGUAGUUUUUUGCAUUAAUUUGUGUUUGUUGCAAAUAAGAACUCAUGCAUUUGCUCUUUCAAAUGGUCACAUUAUUUCUUCUGUCAAAGUCAAUACUGCAAACAAACCUCUAAGUCCAGCUGAUAACUGGCUCACAUGCUGGAUGAUAAGAAAAGUGCAUGAACCCAUUUCCUGUAAAGUUUAAAGUACGAUCCGCUAUUAUUGCUUAGACGGGCUUAGCGACAUCUCAUUUGCUUAGGUUAUAGGUUGCAAUUCCAAUUGAUAUCAUUGAUUCUCUUAUUUAUGUAUUUCACUCUCUUCCAGCACCUAGAUAAACAAUCUGUUGGUGUGAAAUAGGACAAACAUUCAGACGAAAAGGGCAGAAAAAUGAAGGAAUGAUUGAAAAUCAUUUUGCAGGUGUGUUGUAUUGUUUAAAGUCAUUUUGGACUCGCUGCCUGCAUGUUUGAAUAUGAAGACUACAUCUUUUAGACAGGAAUUUUUUGAAGGAAGUUGUGUUCAACUAAUAAGAGCAAUCCAUAUGGGAACUUUGUCCAAAUGUUGCUGACCUGUCCCUUUCUGGAUGAAAACAUUCCAUCAAAAUAUAAGGCUAAAAAAUUCAGUCUUUAGUGUAUUAAAAGCUUAAAAUACUGUAUAUAUUUUAAAAAAGCACAUCUUAGCAGUUACUAUUAUGAGCCCAAAUCCAAUGACCAGUGAGUUAGGGGCAUAGUCACUGUGGAGAGCUGAAAAACUGGAGUGGUGCAGUGAUGACGAGAUUUUGUUGGCAAAUCCUGGAAGUUAAGGGUUCCCUUGGCGGCGAGUCUAUGGGAUUUUUCUAUGGGUUUCUGGAUUAUUGUUGAAAACAAAAACUGUGUCCAUUAAAAGUUUAUGAAACUUAUGUUUUGGUCAUAAAGAUAAUCUUGAUAAAUGAAUAACAUAUGCAUCAUAUUUGGUUCAUAAAUAUAAUCAAUGAAAAUAAAAAGCUAAUGUCCCGUUUUAUUGAACUACAACACAGUCGACUAAAGUUAGCGUCAACACCCGGGGUGUCAUGCAGACGCGAAAAGAUACAAGAUUCAAAAGUGGGGCACUUUACAGAUAUAUUUUAAUUUGUAGAAAAAAAUGUUAAAAUCUCUUGAGCUUGUAAUCACCACAGACCUUAUUUCAGGCAUUUAACUGAAGGCUCAGUCAAAAAUCCAAAAGACUGUCAGAUGAAGGAACCAGACGUGCUAAAAUGCUAGCUUGCUUUGGCAUUUAAGGACUCAUUCCUGCACCACUCUUUACAGUUUGACUGCUCUUAUCAAAAUUCAGAUCCUUCAAUAAAGUAACAGUCGCAACAUAAAAGACUACGUAUAGAUAUUCACACACCUCAACAGGAUAUUGAAUCCAUACAUAUUAGACCAUAUCCUUUUAAGUUCAAAUAUCUGAUUAAACUAGUGACCACAUGCAAACAGCUAACUUUGUCACUGUGUCCCAAAUCACAUACUUCUGUACUAAAUACUAAAUUAUUUGAGUACUUACAAGUGCAUUUUUUCCCCUCUGAGAAGUAAACUUACAUGCAGUAUACUGGUGCACACAAACAAGUCCAAGAACAAUAGAUACUUCACACCCUUAAUGAGCGCCACAUUUGUGGCGUAGCCAAUGUUGUACACAGCAUGCAGGUGUGCUACCUAACGUUAGCAUCUGCUAGCUAGCUAGUGAGCUGAAGCGUUAUUAGAAACGGCAAUACAUUUCAAUCAAGAAAAAGGCAUUCAAGGCAAAAUAAGUUAAUUUAAUUGGAGCGAAAAAUGUUAACAUAAAAUAAGUUACAUGAUCUUGAUAAUGAGUGAAAACAGCCAUUAAAUUUUGAUCAUAAUUGUGUAACGUCUGUCAGGCGUCUGCUUUUAGAAAAUAAGUUGAUGAAAACAGAGGCUGCUAAACCAAUGUUACUUGCAAUUUGGGAAAAUACUAACCUGCCAUAAGUAAGUCAUUAUUGCAUUUAAGUGCAUUACUGCCUUUACUGCCCAAGUUCCCAACCUGGGGGUCCGAGACCCUCUUGGGGGGGCACCAGAGCUUUCAGGGGGGACUAAGGGUCUUUCUGCUCUGAGGUCAUAAAUAUUGGGCUCACUCAAACUAUCUAAAAUCCUAAUAAAACACAUAAAUGGUUCAUACAAAAAUCUUUUGGUAAUACUUGUGUUUUGGCUAUUUUGCUGGCUUUAAAUGUUGAAACAAUUCAAAUUGAUGUGUAUUUUUGAAUGCAAUAGGUCACUUUUUUCUUUUGGGUCGUGGGAGGCCAGAGCUCUUCUUAGAUAUGUGAAGGGGGGGCUCGAUGGAGAAAAUGUUGGUAACCACUGUAUUACUGUAUACUAACAUUGUGUGAGAUUUGAGACACACUGAGAACUUAUUUAAAAGUUAACUAGCUAACUUUACAGCAAGCUAGCUAGCAUUUCUUUAACAUUACUGUUAAAGAAGCUAGCUAUCAUCUGCAUUGCUAUUACCAUUACUAUUGCCUUGCCCUAAUGAAAAAUACAACUAUUCUGCCUCAAAUCUUAGCUGGGCAUUAGCUGGUAGGUUAAACUGGUAGGCCAGCUUGUCAAGCUGAAUUAACUGGAGGUCAGCAAAGUAAAAGUAACGUGCAGUACGGUCAGUUUGCAUCACUUAGCUAGGUAACAAGUAGCUAACAUUACACUUGAGCUCUAAUAGAAAUGUCUGGUAUUCUGUUGGAUUUUUACUUAUUAUGGUGUUACAGUGAACAAGGUAAAGCAACUUUAGGCUACUGGGAGCUAGCUGACAUUACUAUUAUUUUGCUAAACAGAUUAUAUUACGGUAACCGGCUAACUUUACUCUUAGCCAGCAUCACGCUGCAUUUAUCUAUUUAACAUUAGGCCAUAAUUUAGCCAUUCAUGUUGAACUUCUAGGCUAGCCUGUAAUGAAAUAUCAGUGAGACAGGGGUGAAGUGUUGUCUGCUGUCGUCCUUCAACAUUCCAUUAAAAUGUUUGGUUUUUUUCACGGCCAAAUGUCUUUUUGGAUCUUCUUUUUUUAAGUUGCUGAUCAACCCAGAGGGAAUAAAGACUUCUCAAAUGCUGGCUGUGUUUAUUAGCUAACUUGCACUAAGACAUUGUAACAGCUAUGUAAUCAAUCUAUUUUAUUCUAUUUCUAUUUGGCCACAAAUGUAAAACAGCUCUGCUAUGUCAGUAGUAACCUUAUUUAUUUUGGUAUAACAGUGAAUUUAAAGCUGGUCAAGGUGGGCCAAAUUAAAAUUUUAUUUCUAUUAAAAGUGCUGUUGAGUGAUGAUAUAAUUAUCAUUUUUGUAUGUAAUACAAAAGUAUUACAGUAAAGAUUGUAUAUUUUAAAGAAUAAUAAAGUCAUAUUUAUUGUAACAAUUUUAACAGCAAAGAAUAAAAAUACAUUUGACAACAUAUUUAUGAGUUACUGAGCAUUUUAAAUGUGAGUCAUCCUGUCAUCCAGGGGUUUAAAAAGUUGAUGGAGACCAUC